CUUUGGUUUAGGAAAAGAACUCACAAGGAUAGAAUAUCAUCAUAUGUUUGGAACUGCCAAUAAUUCACAGGCUCCAACGUCCGGUUUCGGUUUUGGUGGUGCCAAUUCUACCGGUUCAGGCUUCGGAGCCAAACCCAGUGGAGGUCUUUUUGGCGCCAAUCAAACAACAAAUACCGGCCCAGGCACUUUUGGCAGUGGAAAUGCCUUUGGAAACAAUGCCAAUAACCAACAGACAGCAGGAUCUGGUGGCUUGUUUGGCGCUUCUGGCCAGAAUCAACAGCAGCCGACACAGAACCAGAACCAACAAGGAGGAGGAUUGUUUGGAAGCAAUAGCAAUACGGCCGGAACUAGUAGUGGAGGUCUUUUCGGAAGCAAACCUGCCGCUGGUGGAUUAUUUGGUGGUUCCACUGGGGCUGCUACGACAGGUCUUUUUGGAGGUCAAAACCAAACUCAAAAUCCACAAAACCAGCAAAACCAACAGAAUACGGGACUUUUUGGUAGUAAACCUGCUGUUGGCGGUGGAUUAUUUGGAGCAAGUACAAGUGGACAGACUCCUGCUGCGACCGGCGGCUUAUUUGGUGGAAAUACGGCUAACACGGCCUCUUCUACCAUGGGUGGAGGGUUAUUUGGAGGAUCUGCAAAUCAAUUUCAACAACAACAACAGAAUCAGCAACAAAAUCAACAGCAGUUGACUGCAAUGACGAGAGUGGGCGAUUUGCCUCCGGCUAUAAGGCAAGAGCUCGAGGAGUUUGAUCGUUACAUUAACAAGCAACAUCUUGUAGCGACUACUUUACAAGCUGACUAUGGCAAACACGACCAGCUCAUCAAUACUAUUCCCAAGGAUAUCAAUUAUCUUCAUAACAAGCUUAUGUCGACAAAACAGGCGCUUAAAUUCGACUCUGGACAACUAGUUCAUCUCAAGGAGCUCAAUAACGAAAUCACAGACGACAUCUCAAAGAUAAUGCAACUCAUAUUACAGUUAUCUACACCUGGAACACGUCUUUCUUCUUCUUUCCAGUUAAAUGAAUUCUUUGUCAAGAAGAUCAAGAAGUACUACGAGAUUUUGCGUCAGUACGAGGGAGUCGUCGCUGAACUAGAUUCAAUUCUCGGUGGCUUGGAAAGACUGUGUACGGAAGGUUUUGGUAACUUGUUUAAUAUAGUAGAGGUUAUCAAGUCGCAGUACCAUUUGUUCAUGGAGUUGUGUGAAACGAUGGCUCAACUUCAUAAUGAGGUGAACAAGUUGUCGAAGUAGGAUCACGAUGUAUUAUAAUAAAGCAGCAUAGAUAGCAGUAGACUAUCAUAAAAAGUGAGAUAUUCUGUUAUGG